GUAUGGCAAACAACAUGGAAAACAACGUUUCUGAAAACAUCGGUGUGGUAAACAGCGGUGCAGCAUCAUCAUCACAAAGAGAGACGAAAUUUCUCAGAAUGUUCAUAGAGAUGUUUUUAGCUCAACUUGAUAAGGAAAAUUGGGUAGAUAAAUCUUUAACAAAAGAAGGUAAACUAAGUGUGAGGAAGAGCUUUAAAGAAGCUACUGGGUUUGAUUUAGUUUGGAAAAACUUUUCAAACCAUCUCCAUAAUUUGAAACUUUGGUAUGAUUGCUACAACCAACUCUCCAAGUAUACUGGAGUGACUGAACACGAAAACAAUGUUGCUAAACGAUUUCGUAAGAAACCAUUAGCAAAUGAAGACCUAUUGGAUAGAUUAUUUAGUGGAACUCGUAUAGGCGUUGAAGAUGGAUGGUCUGUUGGAAAUGGUCCUGAUUUGUAUCGUCCUCAGCAUGCAAACGAGACAGAAACACAAUUUGACAUGAACACAUCAUAUGUUAACGAUGAUCCAGAGGUGUUGUUUUCUACUCCAUUAGACGGACAAACUGAGAGCACGCAGUCAACACCAAACCCUGUUCAUCCAUCUUCCGCUGAAAGACCUAAUAAUGAUCAACGAAAUAAACGUAAACGUGGAGCAUCCGCCAAUGAUAGUCAGUCUGAUUUAUCAAAAGCUUUUCCUGAACGAUCAGAUGCAAUAAAACUGGCAGCAUCAGAGAUGUCAUCAGCUUUAACAUCGGACGUGUUCGAAGAUGGUUUU